UCUAAUGGGACUCCUCUUUUGUAGAAAUGAGCAACGAGCAAAUUAUGGGGCUGAACUUGCCGACCGGCAUCCCGUUUGUGUACGAGCUGGACGAGAGCUUCAAGCCGGUCGUUUCUAUGAAGUUCUUGGGCGACGAGGAGACCGUCAAGGCCGCGAUGGCCGCGGUCGCUGCGCAGGGAAAGGCCAAAUGAAUAAUUGUAAACAUGAAAAAUGUCCAACGCGUGUUGAUUUGCGAGCGGCAGAUCUCUCUUGUAUGUCCGUUACAAAUAUUUAUGAACCUUUAGUUUCGUUACCGUGAUAGAGAAUGUAGCUCAAGAAGAAUGACGGAGCAUUCUUGCUUGGACGAGCAUUUCUGUGUGAAGUAUAAAAAAAUAUAUAUACGCAUACAUCAUAGAAGACUUGUAAAAGUGUGAGAUAUUAUUAUUCAAUCUUGUGUUGCACGCAGUGUGUUGAAAAAGUUACAUUUGAAAGUUGAAGUCGAUCCCAAUGUAGUCCUGGCAAAAGAAUUCAAGGCCAGAUGUGUCGAUCCCGGUUUUCAUCGUCGUUUAACUUCGAUCUUAUAGCGAUCGUACAUUCGGUUGCUUGCACUAGUGCGCGCCGAGUGCACACCGAAGCUCGUUCACAGUCAAUUCUUACAUCUGGGGAUCGUCUUGAAUAUCUCUUGGAAUAUUUCUUAGCCAGUAAAACGUUCUGCGUAGCAUCCAUACGAGUCAGCUUUCGGCUAAAUACUCCUUGAGCGUGUAUUCAAGACCAAGUAAAAUGUAAGAAUAUCGUCUGUAAACAAGCGCACUCGUGCGAGCAACCGAGCUCGCUGUUGGUUUAAUUCAUUCUUUAUCUUUUUCCAAAGGGACAGAUAGGCCCGGUUUCACCAAACGUCGCUUAACUUUAAUCUUAGUUUAAUUCACGUCCGUCUCUUACUAAAGUAACAGUUGAAAGGAGACAAAGAACGUAUUGAACUGAGCUUAAAGUUAAGGUACAUUGGUGAAACCGAGCCUUAGAAGGAAAUAAUUGAACUAAAAUCAAAGAUAAACGGCGUUGAUGAAAACCGAGGUAAAUCUCUCUCGACCUCCCCGCAGGACUCUCGCAAGUGUGUUUUCCUCUCGAUAUUCGAGUGCAUCGUUAAAAAUGGGACAGCUAUUUUAUGGUGUAUUACUACUAGUCACGUACUAAGAAUUAUAACAUUUAUCUCUUACAUUUCUUGCGAUAUAAGAAGAUAACAAUUAUCUCUCACAUUGUUUGUGAUGUUUUAAGAAUAUAAUAUAUAUAUAUUUAUUA